UUCACGUAAUCGUUCCAGCAAAUUCACAGUCGUAUAUAAUGUAAAUUAAUGUAACACAUCGAAUAUAGUAUUGGAUUCAGAUGAAAGUUUAUCGCAGUAGAGAUUACUUGUAAAGUGAUGCGGAAGCAAACGCAACGGUAGUGAUGUUGAAGUAAAAAUUAAAACGAACGGGAAAUCAGAUUUAUUUACAGUGCGAUGUCAGUAUGCGCGAGAAGCACGUGACUAUCGUGGGAACAGUUGUAAUGCACAUGCACACCUGAGCAGCAAUGACUCGAUCGUCGUACGAGAUUCAUUUUCUCGUUUCUAAUCGCGGAUUAUAAAUCCGUACAAUCGCUUAAUUCUUUUUAUCGAUAAGAAGACUCUUGGCGUUAUCUCAGCUUUUCCUUUCCUUUGUUACGGCGAUAAUGUCCGACUACAAAAGUAGGAAUUUCCUGACAGAAACGGAUAAUUUACAAUUGCCUAUAGAUCAUAACUAUUACUUUCGUGAUAACCUAGCUGGAUGCAAUCGUGUGCAAAACUUGUAAUGGAUAGAAGUAAUUUAAGUUAUCAUACAUAUAAUGUCGUAUUUAUCCACGUCUGAUAGGAUAUCAGCAGGACUAGUGAAUCAGACAUGGCACGAAGCUUCUCUUGCCAGAAAGUUUCUGGAUCAAGAAGAAUUGGUCCUUGGCAGGCCUCGUGCAGACAAUCUGAACGAAGUGUUCGAAGUUCUACAGCGUUCUACAAGACCGUUUUACCACUUUGUGUUUAGAGAAGUAGAAUUGAAGAGAAAUAUGCCGAUCUGGGAUCACUACGGUCCUCAAAUGAAAAGUCUAGUAUUAUAUCGCUGCGACCUGAGUGAGAAGACGCUUGUAGAAAUCUUGAAAUACUUAAAAUCCUUGAGAACAUUGCGCAUUAAUUCGUGCAGAGAAUGUCUGAUGUCUGGCAGGCUUUUGGAAGAUAAGAAUGACAUAAAGGAGCUGGCACAGACGUUCAAAAACGUUCGAGAACUGAGUCUCGCGCAUAAUCGGUUUUUAAGCGACGCUCUUUUCAAUAGGCUAGUUGCCAUUUGCCCGAAUUUGGAGUCGUUCAGUCUAAUGGGCUGUCAGAUAUCGUUUCAUUGCGGGUUGUAUAAAAAAUUUUAUCCAGAGAACAUUGCGUUAUGCGAUGCCUCGAAAUCGAUUCUCACUUUCGCCAAUACGCUUCAAUACUUAAAGCAACAAGCGUCAAAGCUGAAACAUUUGAAUUUCGGUUACACUUUGAUCGAUGGCACCGCUUUAGCCACCUUAUCGGCUUUGCCGGAUUUGAGACUCGAAUCUCUGAUACUGCAAGCAUGUUAUCAGUUAACGAUCGAAGGCAUCAGAGGAUUGACACAGUAUCAAAGCUAUCUGAAAGUUCUCGAUCUUAGCUUUUGCGUUCGUAUCACAGACGUGAGUUUGCUGCACAUUUGUAAGAAUCUAACGAAGCUAGAAACGCUCAAGAUAAAGAGAUGCCGCUCGGUAACCGACAACGGUGUAAAGUAUAUUCAGUUGUUAAAGAAUUUGAAAGAACUUGACAUCUCCGAAGACGAACAGCUCACCGCGGAUUGUAUCACUCGAGGCAUCUGCUCAAGCUGCAAAGUGGACAUGAAGCAGCACAUCGAUUCGGAGAACGUAAAUCACGAUUCUCUUGACAUUAAUUGGAGCGCAGAGGAUAGAAUAAGAAAAGAGAACAUGAGGAUUUUGUCAGUGAACGCGCUGCAUCUUCACGAAGAGUCGGUCGAAUCGAUAUCGAAGUCUUUCCCUAACUUAAGGCGUCUCGAACUUAGUAACUGUUUUAACGGGGUCACUGAUAAAACGAUACAGAUGAUAUUCAAGGAGCUUGUACAUUUGCAAACAUUAAAAAUAAGCCAAUGCGACGAGGUCAGUGACGCUGGCUUAACGGGUAUGGGUGCUGGUAACCAUGAGUAUGUCCAAAAAAUACGAGUUGUACAUAAACCAGAAUUUACAGAGUCCAGAUUAAGAAUCAGUUUACGGUCGAAGGCCGAGGAAGAGAUCGUGCGCGACGCCGACAGAAAACGGGAGAUCAUGCGGCUCUGCGAGAACGUGUCCAAGCCUUUGAACACGUUCUCCGGGUUCUCGUUGAUCAGGCUCAAGGGCCUUCAAGAGCUCGAUCUCUCCGGGUGCAAUCGAAUAACCGACGUCAGUUUGAAACACGCAUUCGCAUUUCCGGAAUUGAGAAUAUUGAAUUUGAGCCAGUGUCAACAGAUCACGCAUAUCGGAUUAGACUAUUUAUCUAAAAAUAAUCCGGCAAUAGAGUACUUGGAUUUGAAUCGCUGUUACAAUAUAUCGGACGUUGGAAUAUCGUACCUCGCGCAAAGAUUGCACAGGUUGAAACAAUUGCUGAUACAGGGAUGUUUGCAACUUACGGACCACACGCUCGACUCUAUAAAAUUAUAUUGCAAAAGCCUACAGUACCUGGACACGCGUUUCUGCCGUGGGAUGACAGCCGCAGGCAUUGAAAGUUUGACGAAUCUGUAUGUCGAUUGGCAUAAGCAAACAGAGGAUAUCGUUUCACCGGGGAGUGCUCCUCCGCUACCACCGUUGCCAUCUUUACCAUAGAGACGGCUUCAAUACUUCCUUUCGCAUUUUAAGGGCAAGGUAAGGGAAGACUAAAAGUAUUAUCAAACGAUCGGUAAAACCGACUGUAAAUAAACGUGUGAUGAAAGGCGGUUGAAUUUAACAAAGAAUUUUCCGGUAAAUUUUUGCAUAAUAAUAUUGUAUUGAUAUUUGAUAAUAUCGUUCUGGGAUCUUUAAAUAUUUCGCUAGAAACCAUCGUGUUGUGUACAUAUUUGUAUGUAUAAGGGAACGAGAAAGUAUUUGAUAACUUUGCUAGAAGAAGAAACUCUUUAUACGAACGUAAAGAGUGAAUAAAAGUUACAAGAUGGAGUAUUUAAUUAUUAUUUAACAGGAGACGUGAGUUUUAAUGAGUGAUAACUUGUAAUUAAGUGCACUAUGGCAAUAUAUUAUUUAAACAGAA